GGCCGCCCCCGCCCGCAGCUCCCAGCCGGCACCGAGCCGUCCUCGUACCCGCGCACCGACCCGUUCGGGGCCCUGAACGCGCUCCGCUCCCUCCUCUCGCUCCUCCCCUCGCGCCUCGGCGCGUGCCACCUCCGCCUCUCGCCCGCGGAGCACACGCUCGCGCUCCACCUCCUCACCGUCGUCGAGCCCUUCGUCGGGCUCGUCCCGUGUGAGAGCCGGCGCGUGCUCGUGCGCCAGCCCACGGAGAUCCUCGACGCGGUCGCGUUCCACGUCGAUAGCAGGCGCGACUUGCUCGCGCUCGCGCUCAGCUGCCGGAGGCUGUACGACGUCGUGUUUCCGCGGCAUUGGGAGUAUCGGGUCGUCCGGGCGAAGGCGAGCCAGCUGAGCGUAUGGCACCACCUCGCAGUGCACAGGUCGUUGGCAAGGAACGUGCGGAGGCUGGAGGUGCUGGACGAGCGCGCCCCGGCGGGCGACGUGGUCGUUCCGAGGGGUAUUGCGGGCACUGAUACGGACCUGGAGAGCACGGAUGACGAGCUGGGGAUGCAUGCGAAGCAGGAGCGGUUCCUGCUCAACGCGCUCGGGCGGAUGAGUGCAUUGCAGGCGUUCAAGUGGAGCUGCAGCCAUUCGCUUGUAGCGUUCGAGACUGUGUGGCCGGCACUAGACAAGUGCGCGGGGUUGAAGGAGGUCGAGGUCAAUGACAAUCUCAUCUUUAAGGCCUCGGAGGUCGACGAAGAAUCGGGUCGCACGGGAGCGGGGCGACGGCAGCAACCUUUGCUUCAUGACCUCAGGAAGGUUGGCCUGCACGGAACAAAGAGUGCAUUUGGCCUGUCCAAGCAUCCCGACCUGUCACAUGUGUCCAAGAUGCUCCAUAAUUGCGCGAACCUCGAGGCCCUUGACAUCAGCUACGUCCCGCGCUCCUCCCCAGGCUACUUCAACCCUGUCGCAGACGACUUCCUCCUUUGCGGCCGCUGGUCCUCCCUCCGUUCUCUCACCCUCACGAACCUCUGGUGCACACCGCACGCGGGCCUCGACGCCGCCGCAUCCUUCCUCUUCGCGCACGUCAACCUCGAGAUCCUCCACCUAGAGGUGCCUUUUGGUGCUGCUGGGAAUGGCGAGCUCGCCACAUUCAACUUCCCUCCGAACUGCCUCCCCCACUUGCGUGAGCUCAAAGCGAACCGUGAAUUGUCCAGUGCACUCCUGGCGUGUCCGUGCGACGCGCCGAGCGGCCGUCCGCUUGAGACGCUGAAAGGUGUCCGGCUGAGUGGUUCUACAAGGGACAGGGUGUUCCUGGAGAACCUCAGGGCGUUUGGAAACGGUACGCAGCCUGUGAAGAGGCUCGAGCUCGCCGGAUGGAACGACAUGGAAGACGUGAGGAGGCUGGCGGAGUGCGUCCCGAAGCUGGUCUGGCUCGACCUCGGUAAACGGAACGGGUCGGGGGCUGUAGGGAACGCAGGCGGGUCGGGAGCCGGGGCCAGCACCGGGAAACAGGCCGCGAACAUCACCGCGAACUUCGUGGAAUGGGCGGACGUCCUGGCGCAGAUGCCGGAGCUGACUACGUUCCAUGGCCUGCGCUUUUUCUAUGAAUGCGCUUGCACGGACAGCACGUCGCUCACGCUCUCCCUGUCCGAUCGGAGUCGCGUGCGUAAGAACGACGAGGUCGCGUCGGUCUUGGCGUGGAAGUGCCCCAAGCUACGCCGCCUGGACCACUGGGACGACGGUUCGGGGAGGAUCAUCGUUCUCAUCCGCGACCCGGAGAGAGUACGGUACCAAGUCAGAAGG